CCCCCUCCUGAUAAGUUAUGUUCUGUUAUGACGGAUGUCUCCUCCGUGUUUUCGGAUGUUUUGACCUAACAUGUCGUCUUUAAAAUUAGUGCUGGCUUAUUCCACCAGAGUGCUAAAGACGCUCAAACAAAAGUCGCACGUCAUUUACAUCAAGAGGACUCUCGUGCUGCCCAGACUGCCACUCUUCAAACGUGCAGAAGGUAAGUUCGUCACCUUUGGGCGACAGUCGAGCUCCACAGCAGCCGAAGCGGAAAAAGCAGAAGACUCUUUCUUCAAAUGGUUCCUGCUGCUCAUCCCUGUCACCACCUUGGGCCUCGGUACUUGGCAGCUGAGACGGCGUGAGUGGAAAAUGCAGCUGAUCAAUGAGCUGAAGACACUCACUGCUGCAGAACCCAUUCCUCUUCCUCGCGAUCCUAAUGAGCUGAAAAGCCUGGAGUACAGGAGGGUGAAGGUGCGCGGACAGUACGACCACUCACAGGAGCUGUACAUUCUGCCACGCUCACCAGUCGACCCGGAGAAAGAGGCCAGGGAGGCGGGCAGGCUGGCUUCAAGCGGAGAGACCGGUGCAAAUGUCAUCACUCCGUUCCACUGCACUGACCUCGGCAUCACAAUCCUGGUGAACAGAGGAUACGUCCCAAGGAAGAAGAUCAGACCAGAGACCAGGGUGAAGGGACAGGUGGAAGGUGAGGUGGAGAUUGUUGGGGUCGUUCGACUGACCGAGAUCCGCAAACCCUUUGUGCCGAACAAUGAUGUGGAGAAAAACCGCUGGCAUUUCCGGGACCUGGAGGCCAUGGGCAGCGUCACUGGAGCUGAGCCCGUCUUCAUUGAUGCAGACUUUGGGAGCACGACUCCUGGCGGACCAAUAGGUGGACAAACCAGAGUCACCCUGAGGAACGAACACAUGCAGUAUGUAGUAACAUGGUACGGCUUGUGUGCAGCAACCUCCUACAUGUGGUAUGCAAAGUUCAUCAAGAUCAUUAAAUGAGUGACCUUGUAUUACAUAUGAAAUAUUGCUGAUAUUGUUCUACUGAAACUGAGAAUAAAUGUAUAAAACU